UAUUUCCAAGAUGGCUGCGCCCAUGUGGAGACGAUUUGGCGUCCAGUUGUCAUAUAAAAGUUCAAAUUAUUCAUUGGCUCCAACUUGGUGUAGGAUUUCCUACUUCAUACAGAAAUGUCAGAUGUCAUCAGCAGCACCGGACCAGUCAAACAGUAUAGCUAACAGUGAUGGAGAUAGCUUUGAUGAAAUCAUUGAUGAAAAGACUAUUGAAAAAACACCAAAGGCACAUUAUGAAAACUUGAGGAGAAUUCCUGAUCAGCCUUUAGAUGCAAGAGUUCUGAAACUUGCCGUUAUUGGUAUACCUAAUGCAGGAAAAUCUACCCUUGUCAACAGGCUUAUGGGAUGGAAAGUAUCACCUGUGUCCAGUAAAGUUCACACCACAAGGAAAAACACUAAUGCAGUUUUAACAGAAAACAAUACACAGAUAAUCUUUGUAGAUACACCUGGCUUAAUGACAGCAUCAAAAAUGAAAAAACAUAAUACAGAGAAAGAGAUGGUGUAUGGACCUGAACUUGGAGUACAAUCAGCUGAUUUAAUUGCAGUUAUUGUUGAUGCAGCCGACAAGUGGACCAGAGAUGCAUUAGAUCAGAAAGUUUUGAAAGUUUUACAGUUACACAAACAUACACCAUCAGUACUUGUUUUGAAUAAAGUAGACGCAAUGAAAAAGAAAGUUAUGUUGAUUCCUAUAACAAGACAGUUAACACGAGGAGUAGUAGGUGGAACAAAUAUUCAAAUAACGGGGUCACAACUGAAAAGGGAAAGGCAACAAGAAUUCGAUGCUAAGAACUUUUUCCAAAAAAUACAAGACAGAGUCGUCACAUCUGAUGGAAAUCUUGACAUUGCUGCUUAUCUUGAAGAUAAAAAGAAAGUGGUCAAAGAGGAAGAGGAAUCUUUCCCAUGGGAAAGUUCUGGUUAUAAAACACCAGUUAUUUCACUCCAACAGAGGAAGAAGGAAACAUUUAAAAACCAAACAGUUAUAGCUGAAAACCAAAAAGACACUUGUGAAAACCUUCAAAGCUCUAUAGACAGUAAACCAACAUCUCACAUGUCUCAAUUAAAUCAAGACACUGAUAAAACAAAAGUUAUCACAAUUCAAAAAAAUGAAGUUAAUGAGUUAGUUUUACAUGUUUUAGACGAUACAACAGCAAAACCUGAAAAAAAUAAAGACAAAAAACAGCGUCUCUAUACGGAAUAUAUAAAGCGAAUUGAAAGUGUUGCUAAAGAAGUGAGGGAUAUUGAGGGAUGGCCAUAUUUCAGUAGGGUGUUUAUGAUUUCUGCAUUAGAGAAUGAUGGGGUGGAAGAGUUUAAGGAUUAUCUGGUAAAACAAGCAAAAGCUGGUGAUUGGAUGUACCACAGCAGUGUACUGGUGGAUGAAAAUCCAUUUGAAAUUGCAAAACAGAUUGUAUGGGAAAAAUUGCUGGAGUAUUUACCAAAAAAUAUGCCCUAUCAAUUACACCCUGAAAUAGUAUUAUGGGAAGUUGAUAGAGAUGGUACAUUGUCUAUAAUAAUGGACAUAGAAACUCCUAAGGUGGCUGAACUUCGUUUGUUACUAGGGAAAGAUGGAGUAAACAUCAGAAACAUAUCACAAGAAGCAAAACAAGGAUUACUAAAUACUUUUAGAUGUGAACUUAAUUUAAGACUGCAAAUUAAACUUGCAAAGGCAGCUAGAAAGAUAAAGGAUAACUAAAUGCAUUUAGAUGUGAACUUUAUCUGAGACUGCAAAUAAAAACUCGCCAAAAAGGCAGGAAGUAAAACAAGGGAUACUUAAUGUAUUUAGAUGUGAACUUAAUCUCAAACAGCCUUAAAAAAAACCAACAAUAUUUGUAAAUUAAGAGAGGAAGUUUAGUUUGUUCUUAUAUUGUGCUGUAACAACAAUGUCCCAUGCUACGAGGAGUGGUUGAGCACUCGCAAUAAAGCCUGUGUCUGCCCAAAGUCAGGAGCUUGUAAUUCAUUGGUUGUCUGUCAUAUUAGAUUUUUGUUUAUUGUAUUGUCAUAGAUCAGGCUGUUGAUGUUUUAGUUGAAUUGUGUCAAAUUUUAUCAUGAUGGGGCUUUUAUAGCUGAUUAUACAGGUUGGGUUUUGCUCAUUUUUGAAGACUGUAUCAUGACCUAUAGUUGCUUCAUUUUGGACUGUGUUUGAUAGUUGGCACGUAUACCACAUUUCCUUCAUCAUAUUGUAAAUGGUCGCUUUUUUGGGGUAUUUCUGUGUUCAAACAAAGGUAUACUAAUUGUCUAACUCCUCUAAGUAUUGUUUAUUAAUUGCAUUUUAAAAAUUAUAUGACACUAAAGAUGAAUGUUUAUAGAAUGGCAUAGGGUCAUUUUCAUUAACAAGUCCUACAAUAAAGAUUUGAUUCUAUA